GAGCUGGCGGCCGUCAUGGCGAUGCGGGAGCUGGUGGAGGCCGAAUGCGGGGGGGAGGGAGGUGCCAACCCACUCAUGAAGCUGGCCGGGCACUUCACCCAGGACAAGGCCCUUCGGCAGGAGGGACUGAGGCCCGGUCCCUAGCCACCAGGAACCCCAGCCUCCGAGGCGGUCCCUAAGCCUUUGGGGGUAGCCUCUGAAGAUGAGUUGGUGGCCGAAUUCCUCCAGGACCAGAAUACCACUUUUAUAUCGCGUGCCCCUCAGACCUUCAAGAUGGAUGACCUCCUGGCAGAGAUGCAGGAGAUUGAACAGUCAAGUUUCCACCAGGCACCCCAGAGAGCCCCUGGGGUGGCAGACUUGGCCUUGUCUGAGAACUGGGCCCAGGAAUUUCUUGCAGCUGGAGAUGCUGUGGAUGUAACGCAGGAUUAUAAUGAGACGGACUGGUCCCAAGAAUUCAUCUCUGAAGUUACAGGCCCUUUGUCUGUGUCUCCUGCCUGCUGGGCUGAGGAAUAUCUGGAACAGUCAGAGGAGAAGUUGUGGCUGGGAGAGCCUGAGGGAACAACUGCCAGUGAUCGCUGGUAUGAUGAUUAUCAUCCUGAGGAUGAUCUACAGCAUACUGCCAGUGACUUUGUGGCCCAAGUGGAUGACCCCAAAUUGGCUAACUCUGAGGGUACAUCAGAUGCCUGGGUUGACCAGUUCACAAGACCAAGGAACACAGCUGCCCUUGAUAUGGAGUUUGAACGAGCCAAAUCAGCUAUAGAGUCUGAUGUCGAUUUCUGGGACAAGUUGCAGGCAGAGUUGGAGGAGAUGGCGAAACGGGAUGCUGAGGUUCACCCCUGGCUUUCUGACUAUGAUGACAUCACGACUGCUUCCUAUGAUAAGGGGUACCAGUUUGAAACUGUUCCCUUUCUCAGAUCUAAAGCUUGGCUUGGAUCCCAGGGUACUGAUGGGUGCCAUUGUCACUGCAAUACCAGUUCUGUCCAUCUCUGUUCAAACAGGUGUCUGGAGCUAAAGCCAGAUAACCAGACAGCAUUGAUGGCACUGGCUGUCAGCUUCACCAAUGAGUCCCUGCAGCGACAGGCCUGUGAAACCCUGCGAGACUGGCUGCACUAUAUACCAGCCUAUGCCCACCUGGUGGUGCCCGGGGAAGAAGGGGCCAGUGGCGCAGGACUGGGCCCAAGCAAGCGCAUCCUGGGAGCUCUGUUGUCUGACUCCCUGUUUCUUGAAGUGAAAGAGCUCCUCCUGGCAGCUGUGUGCCUGGACCCUACAAACAUUGACCCUGAUGUGCAGUGUGGGUUAGGGGUCCUUUUCAACCUGAGUGGGGAGUAUGACAAGGCAGUGGACUGUUUCACAGCUGCCCUCAGCGUUCGUCCCAAUGACUAUUUGCUGUGGAAUAAACUGGGGGCCACCCUAGCCAAUGGAAACCAGAGUGAAGAAGCAGUAGCUGCAUACCGUCGGGCCCUUGAGCUACAACCAGGCUAUAUACGGUCCCGCUAUAACCUGGGCAUCAGCUGCAUCAACCUUGGGGCUCAUCGGGAGGCUGUGGAACACUUUUUGGAGGCCUUGAACAUGCAGAGGAAAAGCCGGGGCCCUCGGGGUGAAGGGGGCGCCAUGUCAGAGAACAUCUGGAGCACCCUGCGUUUGGCAUUGUCCAUGUUAGGCCAGAGCGAUGCCUAUGGGGCGGCUGAUGCCCGGGAUCUGUCCGCCCUCUUAACUAUGUUUGGCCUGCCCCAGUGACAGUGGGAUGGGCUGCCCUGUGAGUGUCUGCCUGGAGGGGUCCCCGCUCUGGAUGUGACUCCCUCUCCCCAAAUGGGCCUACCAAGGGGGUGGGCUGAUGAUCAUAAGCGGUACGGCCUCUCAGGAGUGGCCUCAAUGUAGGGGUGGGUAGUCUUUGUUCUAGUUCCUACAUAAUUGUAGGAAAAUGAGCUGUAUCUCUUGAGUCCCUUGGUAAUUCAAGGGUGCACACCCGGCUACAGAUCUCUGCAUAUCAUGCCCUUUCUUGGUGCUGCUUUUUGGGUAGGACCCAGAGAUAAUAGGGUAACUGUUGUCAUCAGCUGCCAUUUCUCAUAGGGUCUACCACAUUUGUAAUGUCUGUCCCCCCUCCCCCUUUUACUGGGAAUUGAUAAUAGUACAGCUUCCUUGGGCAGUUAUGUGUAGGCCAUUCUUCUACCAUGCACCUCUGUGAUGACCAUAUCUAGGGCUGGAUGGCAGGAGUUGGCCUGUUGGACUUAAAUGUUGAUUUGGCUCAGCAGAGUCAAGUUUUGGUAGGGGUGCUCAUAGUUCUGUCAUUCUUGGACCUCUCCUGGCUGUUGCUCAGAUUCCCUGGGAACGAUGCUGCACCAGGAAUGCUGGUCUCACUAUCUGGGGGUCCUCAAGAGCUGCCAGGGUAAAUUGCUACACAGUGUUUGGUGUUGCGUAGCAGGAAGGCUCACUUGUGGAAUUAGCUAGCCUAGAAGGGACCUGAUGGGAUCAGGUCAAGGGCUGUGCUCUGUGCCCGUUGGUGGAAGGACGGCAUUGGGACGUGGGAUGUGAGUGCAGGAGUCCCUCCUCCUCUUAGACCUGUGAGUAGGAAUUGAACUAGUAGCUCUUCUAGAAAGUUGCUUCAGAAAUUGCCAUCUUGCCAAAUUCCUAGCAAAGAGAUGGUUCAGUGUUACCUUAGGACUUUGCUGUACGUCUUGACGUGU